GACAGGCCUAAUUGAAAUCUAUAAAGACUGGUUUGAGAUGGUACAUUUUAAUCCACAUCAAAUAUCUUAUUUGACUUGAGGCCCAUCUUAAGGCCCAAUACACAUUAUCUAAAACCGCUCUCCGGAGCUAUUCGUCUUCCCCGGCGAAGUUUGCAAAAAAAAAAAAAUCAUCUUCGGGAACCAAACAGAAAGGUUCAAUUUUGAUCGCAGACAUGAAGGUUAUGGACAAAUGGGUCGCCGAAUUUUUCAUCCGCUGUCAAAAAAACCCUAGGGUUUCUCCUACAAACCUGCUCUCCGCGCUGAAAUUCAGAGAGUCCGCCGGCGACUGCUCGUACCUCAAGAAGUCGUCUGUUCUACGGGAAAUCUCCGAUUCGUUGAUCCGCGGCAACGUCGCCGAGGGAACGCUCGACCUACUCGAGACUCUCGAGAAGCUUCAUCGAGGCUCAGUACUCACGGAGUCUCACAAGUUCGCUUAUUGCUGGACGGCUGUUGAGUGCACGGUUAGGUUGAUGUGGCCGUUGUCUGCUUCCGAGGGUUUAUACGGGGACGCUGUCGAGAGGAUAUGGACGAAGAGGAUUGGGGUUUUGAAGGAGAGAGGGAGCGGUUUGGUAAGCGAGGAGUUGUUGAAAUGGGAGGCUGAUCUGAGGAAGGCUGUUGAGGAUGAUGAGGUGUAUAAGCGGAUUCGAGAGAGUAACGUUAGGUACAGUGCCGUGUGUUUUUUGAAUCAGCUUCUCAAAGAGCAGUGGGCAGUGCUUGGGAGCUGCUCUCUUGAAUCAGUUGCUCAGAGGAUGCUUCUUAAGAGCCGCAAGGCUGUUGAUAAGGGCACUAGGCGUUUGGAUGAAGGAGAGAAGGAGAAUGGGGAGGACAAUAGAGAUGUUCACGGAGUGGAAUGUCCCCAACAUGCAGCAGGGGAGGAGGAGGAGAGGACAAUGGGCGUACAAGAACAAGAACAUGAACCAAGUCUUGAUGAAGGGGACAAAAUGGUUGCUCGAGAGCUGAAGGAUUUUUUGUUAGAGAUUCAACGACAGAUGGACCCUUCCUUCACUAGGCAACUGCAAGAACCUAACAAUGCAAAUAUCACUACUCCUCAGCCUUCAAGGAGGGUUAAUAGUACUGGAACAAGCGGUCAAGAUAGUGCAAGUGAGAACAGAGUUAGACCUCAUCUACCUACCCCGGAACCUCUGAAUGUAUCCCCGUUGAAGAAGAAGAGGGCAAAUCCUGUAGCCAGAAGGAUAAAGAAAUUUUGGACGCCCGAAGAAGUGGCAGUUCUGAGGGAAGGAGUAAAAGAGUAUGGUAAAUCAUGGAAAGAGAUAAAGAAUGCAAACCCUGAAGUAUUGGCAGAGAGGACUGAGGUGGAUUUGAAGGAUAAAUGGAGGAACUUGCUUCGGUAGCGGUAACAAGUUUUAUAUUGCUAUGGAGGUUUUUUUGCGUGCGUGACAUAUCAUCAGCUGUGGAGAAGAUGGUAUUAGAAAGGGUCUUUUCACAUUUUGUGUUGUGACAAAUAUUAAUUCGGCCGGUAUGGUUUGGUUAAGACUUGUUGAGAGACGUGUGGGGUUUUUUGAUGUAUAAUUAGUCUGUGUUUAGAACGAAACAAGACUUGUUGCGUAUGCUUUUUUUAACUUGAGGGGGUUUGUUGUUGUUAGUUAGGAACUUGACUUGUCUCUUUCUCUCAAGAUCUGAUUGGUAAGGUAUGGGUGGUGGUACUGUUUGGUUUAAUAUGUUUUGACUAUUGAAUCA